CAUUCCUUUCUCUUAGAACUUACAUUGCAGCUUCUUUAGUAAAGUCCCCUAGCUUGUUUCUAUAUGAUGACUUUAUUCUAUCUAUAUAAACAAACCAUGACUUGUGAUUAUUCUACUGUCUGUUUUCUCCAUCUCUUUCUCUCUGAAGGAUUAAUUGGUUGACAAUCUAAAAGGGAAGAUGGGAACAACGCAGACACGUGGCACUAGCUGGGCAGUGUUUGCAGUUCUGUUGAUGAUUAUUAGCUCAAAGUUGGAUGUUUCUGAAGGAGAACUCUUACCAUACGAUGAUGAAACAGAAACUACAUUGGUAAAUUCGUUGAGCAGUUCAACAAACCAACCAAAUGAAAUAGUACGGAUGGAUCCACUUGACCAAUUCAACAAAUACAGAGGCGGCUAUAACAUCACAGACAAACAUUAUUGGAGUUCAACCAUAUUUACUGGAACUUACGGGUUAGCGAUCGGACUGUUAUGGCUCAUUGCCGGCAUUGUGUACGCCAUAUGUCUACCAAGCUGUAGAAGUAGAGCCAAGAACCAACACCUGAAAAAGAGAACACCAUGUCACAAGCCGUGUUAUCUCUUUCCUCUCAUUCUCACCACAAUUGUCGCUAUCCUAGCAAUAAUUGCAUCUGGGUUGGCUCUGGAAGGGAGCAUGAGAUUUCAUUCUAGAGCAAAGAUAAUUAUGAGUGUUAUAAUCAACACAGCAGAUCAAGCCUCUAAUACCAUAUACAAUGCCACCGGACCAAUGAGAAUGAUCGGUGCAAAAUUACAACAACAAGCAACUGAUAGUAUUGAUGGUGUGGAUGGGGCUGAUACUGCUGAAAUUGCCGGUGCAGCUAGGUUCUUGGCUUCCACUUCUGACAAGCUUGAUUAUGCAGCAACUGGCAUAGAAAGACAAGCUCAGAAAAACAGAGACUUGGUCCAGAAGGGUCUCACAAUACUGUAUAUCCUGACCAUCGUCACCGUAUCAAUGAACCUAGCUGCUGUGAUUGCUCUUACAGUUUUUGGUAUACUGAGAUUUCGACGAGCACUCCACAUGCUAGUCAUAUUCUGCUGGAUUCUAACAGCCCUCUGUUGGCUAUUCUUUGGAGCGUAUUUCUUCCUUGAAAAGUUCUCCUCCGAUACAUGCACAGCUCUUCAAGACUUCCAACAAAAUCCAGAAAACAGCAGCUUGAGCUCAAUCCUUCCUUGUGAUGAAUUCCUUUCAGCAAGAACCACGCUAUCUGAUGUUGGCAUCGGAAUCUAUGCAAUUGUUGACCAGGUGAACACAAAUAUCUCUCUUCUGAGGGAUAAUUCAUACCCAGGCCUCCGAUAUGUAUGCAACCCUUUCUCAGGACCACCAGAUUUUCUGUAUCAACCAGAAAACUGUGCAGCUGACACAAUUAAGAUAGGAGAUAUUCCACAGGUAGUGAAGAUGUUUACCUGUUCAGACACCAGUGGGACAAGUUGCCAGGGAGGAAUCACGACAACCGGUGUGUACAAUGUCAUAGAAGGUUACUCGACUUCAAUACAAAGCCUGCUAAAUGCAUACCCAGACAUGGAGAAUCUAGUAGAUUGCCAACUUGUAAAAGAUGCAUCCAAAAAAAUCCUAGUCAAUCACUGUAAGCCAUUGAAGAGAUACGCACAGACAACCUGGGUUGCAAUGUUGGUACUUUCAGUGAUGAUGGUGAUUUUGGUCUCAGUGUGGGCAAGUUCUGGUCAUCACAAACAAAAACAUUAUGUUGCAGAUGGUUCUGUCCAACCAAAUACAACAGAAGCAAACAAUCCGGAUCUUGAAGCAGCUAAAGAAACUAUUGAACAUCAAGUCCAGUAGUCUGGUUGAGAUUCAACCAUAAAGCAAGAAUUUCUUAGAGAAGCAGGAGACUUAAGGUUCUUCGAUAGAAUAGUAUCAGAACAGUAUACACAAUACAGGGUCACCGUUAAGCAAAUAGCAAGACAAGAACUCCAACACACCUUAGACUCCUAGGAAAAGUAGUUCACAAAACCAAGCUCUCCAAGUAACUAUAGUGUUCGAGAGGACUAAACAACACUCCCUAGUAUAGACUGACAAACUAAAAUUUUGUUCAGAGGAAGUGCGGGGAAAUAUUUCCUAAUAAUUGCUAAUAGUUAUACAAUAUUGUAAUGUACAGAAAUCUGGGGAUCGACCCCAUGAAAGAAACACAAUGUGUUCUAUGUAAUUGUAUAUCGUAACACCAUUUUCAAGAAGCUACUUAAGUGGUUAAGUCCAUACUCCA